CACACGGCCUUGCUGCCUAGACGCCACGCCAAGUCCUGCCCUGUCCGAGUUUCCACGGCUUUCCCGCUUCGCUGACCAUGACCGUGUGGGAGGACCUGAUGAACUGCAUCUGCCAGAAUGCGCCGCAGCGGCCGGGCGUCACCGAGGUGCUCGACUCGCUGCAGCAGCACACGGUCUGCACCGACACAGCGUGCUACGAGGGAGAGGAGGCGGCGUUCGGCGUGACGGCCGGACAGAGCGUUGCCCCCUCAAAUCAAAACAUGUUCUUCAUGUUCAUGACGUGCGCCCCCCCCCCCCCCCCAAGCCUCCCGCCGCACAUACGCGCGCGCCGUCCCCCUGCGCGCGCUGCAUCGGGGAAGGGGCCGGGUGCGCGCGCGCGAGACGUGUGCGACGCGGCGCUCGCGCGGCCGGCGCGGGCCAUCCAUCCCGGCUCCCACCCGCCUCCCACCCCGUCGCCCCGCGCCCUCCCUCAGGUUUAUGAUGUUUGUCGCGAUGAUGCUGCGAAUGCAGAGGCCAUCGCCACAGCUGACAUCAAAGGCGGGCAGCUCGAGCAGUCACGCCAACCAGCCGCCACCGGGCCCGCCGCCGCCGCCGCCCGCGCCCGAGGUGGACUGAGCGCGCUACGUACAGGGGUACAGGGGGGCGCUUGAUUCGGGGAGGGGAGUUGUGUGGAUGCAGAUAGCGGGCAGGGCGCGGCUGGCGGGCGCGCGGCGCGCGACAGCCGCAGGGCGCUGCACUGCAGAGCCCGUAUACUUUGGAGCUGUGGCGAUGCGCAGUGCCGCCGGCACUGGGCGGGUGUGUGCGGGCGCACACGUCGCGUGCGUUCAGGACUUCUAGACCCUCGAGACUGACCACGGCGCGGUACACUGCCGUUUAGCAGUGGUUGCGCACACCACGGUGGAGCCGGAAACGGCGAGUUGUGUGUUUGAUACAUUACGAUGAAAUGCAGUAACGGUAA